AACUUCUUUUUUCCUCUACCACCCAAGUUUUUUUUCUGUCUGGUCUGACUGGGUGUGCCUCUCCUCUGUAACAUGAGAGCCACAUGACCAAUAGGAAGACAAACAGUCUGGAAGUUAGUGUAUUUCUUCCGCAAACUUUUUAAGUUUUUGCUGUGUUGUAAGAGGAGCAAGAGAGCAGGCCGCAGUCCAACAACACUGGAACAGAACUAAUCAGUCUGAGAAACAGCAUCAGCAAAGAUGGCAAGCCAGCUACAGCAGCUUGUAGCGGACAAAAAGGAUAUGGUGGAGACUGUGAUGGAAUUGUUUGAACAGGGAGCUGAAGUGGUGGCCAGUAUCGCCGGCGACCUUUUCCCCAUUUUCUCCAUCGCUGCUCCAAUUGUUAAACUGGCUCUGGAUAAUGUGGAAAGCAAAGAGGCCGCGUUCAUGAAGGAGCAGUUUCAGAAGGUGCGAGAGCGUCUGGAGGUGGUCUCAGAGGAGAUUCAGCGGAUCAACGAUGAGAUCAAGAAGAGCGGGUUGGAUGCUGUGUAUUUCCCAGUGGAGGAGAACAUCACUAACCAGUUCAGGAAGUACAUGGAUAUCCUCAACGCCAAACCCAAGUUCCGGGAGGUCAAGAAGAAACUUUUCCUGGAGCAUUUUGCCAAGACCGGCGGUGACAAAAACCUUAUCACCCUCUACAACUCUGUGACGGGAGAGAACUUCUCUGGGGAAUCUGUGCUGGAGAUCACCCUGAACUACGAAGAAAAAAGUCGCCGGCCAGUGGAAGACUUCUGCGCCAGGCUGAAGAAGCUCUUCUGCAUCGGGCUCAUCGCACUUUUGGGCCACGCCGCUCUGAAGGGAUACGAUGAGGAGGACGCGCUUCUGAAAGACUGGGGUGAGAAGAUGAAUACUGUCCAGAAUAAAAUGAAUGUUGUCAUUGAAGACUGCAUCGUCAGCUUCCCCAAGCAGGCCGAGAUAGAUUCCCGUCGUCUGGUGAGAGACGAGUCAAACUUAACCAACCAGCAGCUAGCUGAUGCUAUCAUAGAGAAACUCAAGAAGAAGUAUGACUGGGUUGGCUGGUCCGUGCGUAUAUUUAGGACCCCUUCAGGCCUGUUCGCCAACAAGAAGGAUUACCACUGCCCAACAGGGAAGAGUCGCUUCCAGGUCCCUUCAUCAGAUGAGAAACUCAAUGUCUGGGUGUCCUACAGCUCCUCGCCUGAGCCUGUGGAUAAGAAUCACAUCCAGCAGCUGAUCCAGAGUCAGAAGAAAAUCUCGGUGGUCGGUGUAGCUGAGGACCUGUUUGAGAAGUUGCCCGGUCACUGCAUGGUCCACACAGUCAAAACCAGCAAAGACCUGGCCUGCUCCUGGAGCUUCACAGAUGAGCUCCACUACUGGGAGGAGCACAAAAACAUCUACGUCUGCGCUCACUCUGCUUGAAGUUUUAAGACGCUGAAAAAAACUCUCAAAAGUCAGUUAUUCUAUGAUUGUAGGUUGCUUCAUAUUUACACGGAUAAUCACAGAGUUGAUUGCUGCCUCCCUGCUUGGCCUUAGCAGUGAAAUACUACACAGUAUGUUCCUUAAUUGAACCUCUCUAGUAGUCGUUUUUUACAGAAUUAUUCCCUUUUUCUAAGAGUGUUUACUGUUACAGUACUUUCUUGCCGAUGUGAAGGUGCAUCAUGUCAAGUCAAGUAAAUUUUAUUUAAAUAGCCCAAUAUCACAAAUCACAAAGUUGCCUUAAGGGGCUUUGCAAUCUGUGCAGCAUACCCCUCUGUCCUUAGACCCUCAAUUUGGAUAAAAAAACAAACUUUAAUGGGAUAAAAAAAGUAAGACAUCUCAGAAGGGAUCCCUCUUCCAGGAUGGAGCGACAUGCAAUAGAUGGUGUGUGUGUGUGUGUGUGUUUGUGUGUGUGUGUGUGUGUGUGUGUGUGUGUGUGUGUGUGUGUGUGUGUGUGUGUGUGUGUGUGUGUGUGUGUAUACUUUCCACAAGAAAGUAGCAUAAACUAGAUUCUUUAACUAAGAAUAAUGACCUUUUUCAUCCCAUGCAGCUGGCCUUUUCUUUAUUUCUCGGAACAGACAGAAGAGCUUUGCCCUUUUGUUUAGGCUUUAUUAUAUCACAGUGUCUCCCCUUUUUGUAAUGAAAUUGGUAAAUAGUGUAAUGUAAUUUGUUGCUGAAAAAUUGUGGUAUAAGAUCAACAAAUGUUUUAUUUUUUUUUUUUACAUUUGCUGUAAAUGUCAGGAGGACAGGGUUGUUUUGUUUUGGGAAAGUUGUUGAUUAAGAAUUCAGCUGUCAUACGGAGAUUAUGUGCUACUGGUAGAGAUAAGCGGUGACCUCGCCCUGUUGAGGACAUAUACACCAAAGCUAUGAGAGAAAAAUGCCUGACUCCAGAGUCUGUGACAGAAACCUUCAUUUUGAUUUCACUUCUUGUACUCAUCUGACAAAAAUAACAAAUCUUGUUACUGGCUGCUGUACAGCAUGAACACAGCACAAAAGACAAGGCCUCAAACAACAUUUGCUGUGGUGACCCUGCCCUGAACAUGCCGAGGCGUAGUGACAGCAGCACUUUGUUUACAUACAGAUGCCUAGCAUAGCUAUUCUUCUGUCACGUCUUCACCUGUGGUUGUGCAACACAUACUGGAAAGUUGUACCCGCUCAGUGGUUGAGGAUUUACUUCUAUAUAUAUAUAAAUAAAUAGUUGAAUUUUGGACAAUGUAAAUCAUGGGUCUGGGAUCUUUUGUUUUUUUCUAGAGAUUUUGAUCAAAAUUUGUAUAAUUUGACCAUGAUCAACACUACUUUGUAAGAACUACAGUAUGUCAUGGAGACACUGCCGUAAGACACCACUGACCUGUUUUAAUUGUUUUAGAUCAUUUGUUCUUUAUCGUAAACCGCUGUAAUUUGUGUUUCUUCUUUGUUUGUGUGUCCUUUAAAUGUUAUCACCUUUAAGUUAAAUACAUUUCCUUCUUUGAAUUUCUUUGAUUAUUUGACCAAAACAAGCAACAUAUUUACUGUAGAAUUAUUGAUAAAAAAAUGUUUAUCUUGCACUCUUUUAGAUAUUUCUAUUUCCAUAUUUUAUAUUUGGGUUUUCAGUGUCUUAGAUUCAAAAUCCUGUUGGUAAACCAAAGCAAUGAUUGUAUUAAAUCUUCCAAAUAAACUCAGUCAUACAUCA